AUGUUUAAUGUGAAGAAGGACAUGGCAGAUUACAAGUGGGAAGUAGGAGUGUACUUUAGGUCAAAGGAUGACUUCAAGGAAGCGAUAACAUCAUAUGCUGUGCAAAGUGGAAGAAAUCUGAGGUUUACAAAGAAUGACAAAGUGAGGGUGAGGGUUAAAUGCAAGGAUGGGUGUCAAUGGGGAGCAUAUUGUGCUAAAUUGCCAAAUGAAGAAACAUGGCAACUAAGGAAAUUGGUUGACAAGCAUGAGUGCAGUAGAGAGUAUAAUGUGAAAAUGUUGACCACUAAAUGGCUAAGCAAGAGAAUUCAAAACUCUCUGAAAACCAACCCAAGGAUGAAGAUUAAGGACAUAAAGACAAAGGCUCAAAGGAAGUGGAAUGUGGGUGUUAACAAGACUAAGGCUAUAAGGGCAAGAUUUAAGGCUAGAGACAUGGUUGAUGGAUCUUUCUUAGGGGAUUAUACAAGGAUUUAUGAUUAUUGCCAUGAGUUGCUAAGAGCUAACCCAGGGUCUACUAUCAAGAUUAAUAUUGAUCCAGUCCCAGAUGGUAGUGAGGACCAAAGACCAUAUUUCAAAAGGCUGUAUGUUUGCUUUGCAGCAUGUAAGGAAAGCUUUAAGUUAUCUAGGCACAUCAUUGGUCUAGAUGGUUGCUUCUUAAAGGGGUUGUGUGGUGGACAGAUUCUGGCUGCAAUAGGGAGGGAUCCAAAUGACCAGAUGCUUCCAGUUGCAUUUGCAGUUGUAGAAUGA